AUGAAAAGAAAAGGCCAAAAAGGGGAAAAGCCGGCCUCUCGGAUAAAAGUUGAUGCGGCUUAUGUAAUGCAUAAAAAAGAUUCUUCUCCAAUAUCAACAUCAAGAAAAGUCGAGCUCAAGCCUGUGCCUUUUAACAACGCCAACAGCGCGCCAGUCGUCAGGAUGGAGAGCUUCGAAAACAUAUAUCUCGACCUGUCGAAGCAGUCGGGGAAAUGCAGGCUCGCGGAGAGCGGUAUGGGCUGGAAACCAUCUGGCGGCGGCGACACCUUCACCCUCGACAAGAGCAACAUUGGUGCGGCUGAAUGGAGUCGAGCUGCAAAGGGCUACGAGCUGAAGAUAUUCUCACGCACCUGUGGAGUUAUCCAGCUCGACGGGUUCGAACAAGAUGACUUUGACAGAGCCGCCAAGGCGUUCAAGAUCUGGUACGGCGUCAACCUCACGAACAGAGAGCAUGCACUGCGAGGCUGGAACUGGGGGAAAGCCGAGUUUGGGAAAUCAGAGCUCAGCUUCAAUGUCCAGAACCGUCCUGCCUUCGAAGUCCCUUACUCGGAAAUUUCAAACACAAAUUUGGCCGGCAGGAACGAAGUCGCGGUUGAAUUCUUCCUCCCUACAGAUGAUGCGGCCAGCGUCAAGGAACAGCCUGCGGGAAGCACAAAGAACAGGGGGCGCAAGGCCGGCUUGGGCAGAGACGAGCUUGUCGAGAUGAGAUUCUACAUUCCAGGGACAGUGUCGAAGAAGGAAGAAGGAGAAGAGGGAGAAGAUAAUAAGAGCGCCGAUGACGAAGAAGAGGUUGAAGAACAAAAUGCUGCAAACUUGUUCUAUGAAACACUCAUGGACAAGGCAGAGAUUGGCGAUGUUGCCGGUGACACCUUUGCUACAUUCCUCGAUGUGCUGCAUCUUACUCCUAGAGGUCGAUUCGAUAUGGACAUGUAUGAAAGCUCAUUCCGACUCCGGGGCAAGACGUACGACUAUAAGAUCCAAUACCAAUCCAUCAAGAAAUUCUUCUUGCUCCCCAAGAAUGACGACACUCACACUCUCAUCACCCUUGGUUUAGACCCCCCUCUUCGGCAGGGUCAGACAAGAUACCCCUUCCUGGUGAUGCAGUUGAAGCUAGAUGAUGAAAUCAGCAUUGAUCUAAAUAUGACCGACGGUGUCAAAUGUUCUACCAAGGCCAACGAGGGUCUCCUAUUCUGCCUGGAUAAGAGCUUUAUGUUCGUACCAAAGCCAGCCACCUAUAUUCAGAUAGAAAACAUAUCGGUCAUCACAAUGUCUCGAGUUGGUGGCACCGUCUCUGCCAGCCGUACCUUUGAUAUCACCAUGACCCUUAAGGGAGGACAAGGAGAACAUCAAUUUAGCAAUAUUAACCGUGAGGAACAACAACCGUUAGAGGACUUCUUUAAAGCUAAAAACAUCCGAUUCAAGAACGAGAUGGUUGAAGAGGCCUCCACCCUCAUUGCAACUGCACUUGAGAACGACCAAAUGAUGGACUCCAGUGAUGAUGACGCUGAUGUCCAAGAGGACCGUGGCUCUGCUGCUGAAGACUCGGAGUCGCCUGAUGAAGACUUCGUCGGUGACUCUGACUCGGAGGUGGCUGAGGAAUUCGACUCGGAACACGCAAGCAGCAGCGGAGAUAGUGAUGAAGAGAUGGAUGAUGCCGAUAAUGAUGAAGACGAGCGGCCAAAGAAAAAGUCCAAAGUUCAGAAAUAA